AUGAACUUAGGAGCAUACCCUCAUACCAAUUGCGUCAGCGGUGUGCCUCCCCACAGCAAAAGGUGCAGAGUCGAUGUUGGAGGAUAUCACGAAGCGUUUCUGUUGAACGAUAUUGGGACGGUGAAUCCAACUUCACGGGCGGAUGUGAUGCUAAAUAUCUUUGACAAGUAUACAACAGGAAUCAGUAGAUCAAGGUUUACACUGACAGUGUAUUCGGUUGAUGAGUCAGCAAGUUCGGGUGAGGUAGAAAUAUUCUCAGCUAAUGAUAUUUGCACGGAACCUUUUUCGGAUUUGACCGUUUCGGCGGAUUUUCUCAGCUUCGCUAUCGCGCUAAGUGGCUCGACUUGCAGUUCAGGACCACAUAUACAGUGCUCGCCGGUGAACACCGUGUACAAGGACUGUCUUGGGUACGACUUCAUCGCCUGUGCAGUUGACAUUGAUAACACAGCGCCGACAAGCUCGACUACUGCAACAGCAUCGUCGGCACGAGUGUCUUUGGGGGUAUCGGGCGGCAACUAA